AUGCAGCAGCAGAAGCAACAGCAGCAUUUGAAGUUGGCUGUGGCCAUCGUCACCAUGUUGGCCUUUGCCUCAUCAGUGGCAUUGGCAGCACCAACUACACGGUCAUGGCUCAACGAGGACGUCGUGCGUACAAUUGACCUGACCACACAACUUGCCAAACAAAGCGUUACAAUCAAGGCCAAGAACAUUGGCGAUGCCCCCUCCUCCACCUACACCUUUGCACUCCUCUCCUCUGUGCACGCCAGCAUCCAAGCCUUCAUCGAGGGCGAAGAGUCCUCCCCACUCUCCGUCUCACUCAACUCACAAAGAACACAUCAAAAGCUCCAGUUCGACAUGUACAAUGUACAGCUUGACAAGCCAAUCAAGGCAGGCAGCACAGUGAACUUGAAGUUGAGGAUCGUGUCGAUGGGUCAGAUGACUCCAUACCCAACUCACAUCGCUCAGGCAGAGUCGCAGUUGGUGAUGUACAAGGACAACCAUUACUUCAGCUCGCCAUACGACACACAGACACAGAAGACGACACUGAAGCUGGCGAGCGCCAAGGUCGAGGACCACUCGUCGCUCUCACCCUCCAUUCUCAAGGGCAGCAGCCUGGUCUACGGCCCAUACAAGGACGUCCGUCCGCUGGCCUUCUCGGCACUGCACGUGCACUUUGAGAACAACGCUUCGUUCCUGAUGCUGGCCAACCUGGUGAAGGAGUACGAGGUCAGCCACUGGGGCAACGUCGCCGUCGAGACCACCUACAACUUUGAGCACCGCGGUGCCGCCCUCAAGGGCCCAUUCUCGCGUCUGGACUACCAGCGUAACCAGGCCGCGUCGCCCUCCCACGUCGCCGAGAUCGUCGAGCAGGUUCCCAAGACCGCCGCCGACUUCUACUACCGCGACUACAUUGGCAACAUCUCCACGUCGCAGUACACUCACGCCGCCUCGCACCUCAACUUCAAGAUCACACCCCGUUUCCCCCUGUUUGGCGGUUGGAAGAUCGAGUUCUACACGGGCUUCAACGUGCCCUCGUCCAGCCUGCUGUUCACCGACUCUGACACUGGCCGCUACGUCCUGAACGCCACAUUUGGCGUUGCCAUCGCUGAUGUAUGGGCUGAGCGCCACGAGAUGCGCGUCGUCCUGCCCGAGGGCUCCACCGACAUCCAGAUCGUCGCACCCUUCAAGUUUGAGCUGUCACACGACGUGCGCAAGACCUUCUUUGACACUGUUGGCCGUCCCGUCAUCGUGCUCAUUGCCGAUCACACAUCGUUCGAGCACACCCAGACACUGCAGAUCUCCUACUCAGUCACGCCACUGUCCUGGUUGCACGAGCCCCUGUUGGCCAUGGGCGCCGUCAUGGUGCUCUGCCUGUCAUUCAUGGUGCUCUCGCGUCUCGACCUCUCGCUGAUCCGCAAGGGACCAAAGAUUGAGCGCAGCCCCCAGGUCGAGAAGCUGGCACAGCAGUUCUUUGCCGCCUUCGAGUCGCGUCUCCAGUACCACAUUGACUGGGAGGAGGCCCUCGCCAACCUGGCCCGCCACAGCACCAUCCAGAAGUACCUCACAUCCAAGGCCGAGAUUGACGCCCGCUACAAGGACACAGCCGCCGUCAACAAGGUGCUCGAGUCGAUCUCUACCGAGGACCAGGUGUUCUCUGCCCGUCUCAAGGAGCUCAACAGCCAGGAGAACCAGCUGUCACAGAUCCAGAAUCAGUUGUUCGAGGCUGAGAAGAGAAGAAACACCACCAAGGACCUCAGCAAGAAGGAGUACGAGGAGAUCAAGUCAAAGUACUUGGACAACUACAGAAAGGCCUAUGACAGUGUCAGAGCUAGCUUUGACCAAAUCUUGGCUUAA